AUGUUCGAACUCCCUUUGCACUUAAACAUGUUUCUCGAUUUAAACUUGGUUCUCUCACACUUCGGGAAUUAGCCCCCUUAAUCUCUUUAUUCCACAAUGACAUCUUUUUCAAAAGGACAUUACCUAAACACACAAAAAACUAUUCUAAACUAAUAUAAACUAAUAUAAUAUAUAAUUUAAUCUAAAAUAAUCCAAUCUAAUCCAAUCUAAUCCAAUUUUACUUUUAUUUAUCUGUGUUCGCUUUCUUCCAGUUUUAAAUCACGCACGUGACCCCUUUCUUCUGUUUCUUUUUCCUUUUUCUUAGAUAUAUUUUUUUUAUUUUUUAUUUUAUUUCUAUCUGAUUUUCAUCUCAACUCAGCUCUUUUCAAUUGUGCAAUAACCAGACUCAGGUUUUAUUCCUCAUCUCCCUGGAAAAUGAACUCAAAUAUUUUGAAUGAUUCUGAUUCAAUUCUUCUUGAUCAAACCUCUUCAUCAAAUACAAUAAAUAACAACAAUACUCCCACAAAUAACGAUUAUAACGAUGAUAACAUAAAUAAUGAUUAUAAUGAUGAUAAUGAUGACAAUGAUUAUAAUGAUGAUAAUGAACAUACGCCAGAUGACACAAUUUCAUUCAAUCAAUCAAGAAUAGCUGAACUAAGAAAAAAAGGCAACCAGAAAAUGAAACAUAAAAAAUAUCCUGCUGCUUUGGUCCUCUAUACUGAAGCUCUAGCUCUAGACAAAAAUUCAGCUGAAUUGCUCUCAAAUAGAGCUGCUGCUUUUGCUGCCUUAAACUCCCACGAUGAAGCCAUCUCUGAUCUAAGAAAAGCUAUCAAAAUUGAACCACUAUUUCUCGCUGCAAUCGCAAGACUAGCUUUUUCUCUAUUAUACGUUGGAAAAUCUCUAGACUCUUUGAAACUAUAUGCUAGAGCAAUUAAAUGUUCAAACGGCUAUCUCUUACCAAGAUUUUUACAAAAUGCUUCAGUCCAAGAUCAAUGCAAUUUUGCUAAAAAAUUAAAGUCACAAUGCCUUCCCUCUUUUAGAGAUCAUCUACAAUCAAGUUUCUAUAUAGCUGAAGAAAGAGCAAGACAACAAGGUUAUCCCUUUGAAGAAAUUGAAAAUAUAAAGAGAUCAAUUCAUCCUUUUCUUAGAAGGCGUGGCUUAGAUGUUUCAAAUUUCAAUAUUUUGAAUAAUAUGAAUAAUUCAUCAACAAAUAAUAACAAUAACAAUAACACUAACACUAAUACUAAUACUAAUACUAAUACUAAUACUAAUACUAAUACUAAUACUAAUACUAAUACUAAUACUAAUACUAAUAUUAAUAUUAAUAAUCAAAACAACAAUAAUAACGCCCACCCUUUUAUUGUCUCUCACAUACUUCCACCAAGAUCAAACAAUACAAGACCAAACAAUACAAGAUCAACAUAUUCUUUAAAUACCCUCAUCCCUCCAAAUAAUCCAAAUCCUUCUGCUACUCUGAAUUAUAAUCUAGAUCCUUUAAACAGAUAUGCAAAUAUUCAGCCCAGUUUCUCUAACUCGAUUAUCUAUCCUUUGAAUCUUAAUUCCAACCCAUUGGCCUUGCCUUUAAAUUCCAACCCUUCUAUGCCUGUUUUUCCGCCAACUGCUCAAGUACGUCGUGUUUUCCCCAUUAAUCCUAAUAUUCGUUUAACUCCUGCUGUCAAUUCUUCAAAUCCGUCUCAAUCUUUUAACUCAAGAACUGAAUCAGCUAAUCAACAUAGAAAUAUAAAUCCUGUUUCUCAACCAAAUACAAAUCCUGUUUCUCAAUCAAAUACAAAUCUCUUCUCUCAACCAAAUUCAAAUCUGCAGCAAAACAUUGAAACUGAAACUGAAACUGAAGCCGAAGCUGAAGCUGAUCCUGACAUCGACAUUGAUUUUGUAACUGCUCAAAUCUUACUUCCAAAUUCAAAUUUAGAUAAUCAAACUUCCGAUUCAAACACAAAUACAAAUACAAAUACAAAUACAAAUACAGAUACAAACACAAACACAAACACAAACACAAACACAAACAAUAAUACGAAUAACAAUACAAAUAAUAAUACUAGCAGAACUUUUUUUACAACAAGCGUUAAUAACGCCAAUGCCCCAGAAAAUACUGCAGUUAAUGAUAUUUUACGAUCUGUACUUGGUGCUCUCAAUUCAACCAAUCUCCCUCAAAAUAUUUCAUCCGGAAUAGGUGAAGCUAUAUCACAGUCUUUAAAUGGUGAAGCAACUCGAGCUGUUUUUAGCACAUUUUCUGGAGCCAUUCCUUUGAUGUCUGAUUUGACUCAAAACAACCAUCAAUCUCCUAAUGUAACUACUACAAAUACAAAUACACCUGCAAAUACUGACCCAAACUCAAAUGACGAUUCCAAUAAUGAACAAAAUCCUUCAAUUUCCGAUUCAAUUACUGAUGAUUUAGAUUAGAUUAAAUUCAACUUAUUAAUUAUAAGUAAUAAAAUUAGAAAUUCUAUUCUUGUUUUUUCAACCCCUUUUAAUUUUUGAAUUUUUGAAUUUUUGAAUUCUCGCAUUUUAGUUUUCUAUUAUAGUAUAUUGCCAUUUUUUGACAAUAG